UGAAUAUUAAAAUGGUACGUGGUGCUAAUGUACUAGUAGUGCUGGAUCGUACUUGUCCACCAUUUGCUUGUCUCCCAACAAUGGACAGGAAAAAUUUUCCUGUGGUCAUUUUCCCUGUGUCAUUCUUACCGACUGUAAAUAGUGUGGGGCACUGUCCAAAAACAUUUUGGAGACAUUCAUAAUGCAUACCCAUAACACCAGCAGCAAUAAAUGCAAAACUAGCUACAAAACUUUCUCCUACAAAUGAAAAGACAUGAUUGCAUACAUCAUAAAACUUAUACACAAAAUCUUAUAUAUAAUAAUAAUAAUUUUAAUAUUCAUAUAGCGCAAAAUAACAUUGAUAUAUGAUCUAAUGCGCUUUACAAAUUUCCAAGAAUAUCACAAAUGUUUCUAUACUGUACAUUAUAAUGUAUAAAUAUGGAAUACACUAAAAUAUUAAAAAUGUAAAUAAUAAAAAUGUAAACAAGAAUAAGACAAUCGUUCAAUUUAAUAAUUAGUGUAUGCUUCUCUAAACAAAUGAGUUUUAAGCCGUUUCUUAAAAGAAUUGAUGUUAUUUUCCCUUGUGAUAUCAGAUGGAAGUUCAUUCGAUAAGGUUGGUGCUGCCAUAACAAAAGUUCUAUCUCCAAUUGUCUUCUUUGAGUUGAAUGUUGGUGGAGCUACAAUCCUGGACAAAACAUCUGCAACACUUCGAAUUACUUGUCAAAAUGUUGUAAUAUUAUCGUAAAUUUAGAAAACCUCCCCCUUUCCCCCCACCAUUCAAUGUUGAUUGCAUUCGUAGAAUACGGAUAAAAUGUCCAACAUUGUUUUUGGGGGCGGAGGGGGGCAAACGAGUAAAUUAUUCCGGUCUAAAAGGUAAAAAAAAGCCACAAAGGAAUAUUUUAAUAGAGUGUCGCAGAUGGUUUUGUUCAGGAUUGUCUGUAUCUUUCAAAUUCAAUAACCAAGGCAUAGCGCAUUAAAAAUCGAGUUUGUUGCAGGAUUUUCUCUUUCCAUAGUAAAUAUGGUUCACUAGAAUGUAUUAGGCUUCAAGAAGCAGGUACCACAUGGUUGACAAGGUAAUAUAACACCCACAUGCAACGCUAUGCUUCCAUAGCUUGUAUAGAAUGCGAUUAAGAAUCAUAUGCGACGACUUUCGCGCAUUUAAUAUACGCCGGAGAGCAAGUCAAUGUACUUAGUAGUGUAUAUACCAACUAUUUUGCACUAAGAAUAUUCUAAAAUACGUUAAUUCAUAUUUAUUUGUGUUGUUAGACAGACAAACGCUUAGUUGUUGACUGGAAAUAUAUUGCGUGACCUCCGUGCUAAAUGACUAAUCCGAUUUUGUUAUUGUCGUAUAAUAGCGCAUGCGCAUUGACGGUGUACCAUGGUACAGCGUGAACAUAUAAGAAUAUAUAUAUAUAACCUUUUGUAGAGUUAAAAUGGUACACCGUGGAAUAUUUUAAAAUUAUCGCGCUAAAUAUUGCCAGAAGUAGGUUGGAAUACUAAGCAACACACGUUCUUUCAAGUCCAUUUCAUUGCUUGUAUUACCCCUAUAACUGGCAAUAUUAUCACAGUCUUAGUGCAUUGGACGUCGUACACAUCGUUAAGUGUGACACUGAAAAAUUGAGCAUUGAUUUACCACACCUGGAAAACUCGUUUCAAAAUGCAUAAUUCACAUUUAUACAGCUGUCACUUAAUAUUCUAAGUAUAUGCAGUAAAUACCAGAAACGUAACUAUAUUGAAUUUAUUGUCCCUUUGUGUUCUACUGGAUAUCACACACAUUCGUUUAUGUGUAGACUGAAUGUAUAACAUAUAGAUAAGUAGGUCGUAAGCAAUGCACAUAAACAAAAUACAUGGCAAGGACAUGUUUAAAGAUAAAAUAUAAUUUCGAUAUAAGAAUAUAAUUUCAACUCAUUACAGACAAUCCUGGACAAAACAUCUGCGACACUUCGAAUUACUUGUCAAAAUGUCGUAAUAUUAUCGUAAAUUUAGAAAACCUCCCGCUUUCCCCCCACCAUUCAAUGUUGAUUGCAUUCGUAGAAUACGGAUAAAACGUCCAACAUUGUUUUGGGGGCGGAGGGGGGCAAACGAGUAAAUUAUUCCGAUCUAAAAGGUAAAAAAAAGCCACAAAGGAAUGUUUUAAUAGAGUGUCGCAUAUGGUUUUGUCCAGGAUUGUAGUAGGAAACAAGUCUGAUCUAAGGUUGUGGGCGGACAAGUUGUUCAAAUUAAUAAGAUCCUUAAUAUAGUCUGCUGCCAAGUCAUGCAUAGCCUUAAAUGUUAUUUUAAAUUUAAUUCUAUGGGCAGCCAGUGGAGGCAAUACAGAAUAGGCGUGAUAUGACAUUAGCGUGGAGAAUUAGUAAUAAGUCUAGUGGCCAUGUUCUGUACUCUCUGCAAUUUCUUGGUCUGAGUUUUUGGAAGACCAUAGAACAAAGAAUUGCAAUAAUCAAUCCAUCCAAUCACCAGAGCAUGCACCAAGAUUUGAGUAGUAUGAUGUGUUAAAUAUUUCCUUAUUCUUCUGAUGUUAUGAAGAAAAUAAUAAGCAGUGCUGCACGUUUUAGUAAUAUGUACAUCAAACUUGAGAUGAGAAACCAACCAUUCUCCAAGGUCUUUUACAUUGCUAACAGGAAUAACACUCAAAUUGCCAACCAAUAACUGGUCAAUUGUGACUCUCUUCAGCAAGUUCAUUGUGAGUCCCAAUAAUCAUGAAUUCUGUUUUUCCUUCGUUCAGCUUCAAUUUAUCGGUUAUCAUCCACACUCUUACGGCUUUGAUACAUUUCUCUAUAGCUUCCAUCGCAUCUUCUUGACAUUGUGUUGUUUCAGAUUUAAACGCUAGGUAAAGCUUGGUAUCAUCGGCAUACACAUGAGCAUGUUGUAGGUGAUGUUUUACCACUUUAAAGAGUUUGCUAGCAUAAACGGUGUACAAUGUACUGAUGUACUUUCGUCAAUAAUGACACAUAUACAGUGGCCAGAUAGAUAUAUUUUAACCACGGUAAAGCAGUGUCUGUUAUUCCAAAACUUGUUUGUAUACGAUUAAUCAAAAUAUCAUGGUCAACAGUAUCAAACACGGAGCUCAAAUCCAGAAAUACUAAUAAUGUUACCUGUUGAUUGUUCAUGUUAAUGUGAAUAUCAUUUAUAACUUUAAGGGGCGCUGUUUCUGUGCAAUGGUGUUUCCUUGUAAGCAGAUUGUAGUGGGGGAAACACAUUAUUAGCCAAAAUAUAGUUACAGAUUUGAUCAGAUGCUGCUCUCUCGGUGAUUUUGGAAACAAAUUUCACAUUACUUAUAGGUCUCAAGUUCUUGUAUUCCAUAUCUUCACAUCCUUUCUUGAACAGUGGACUGACAAGAACUUCUUUCCAUGCAUUUGGGAAAUGACCUGUUGUUCAUGACACAUUAACUAUUUUGGAGAAAAAUGGGAGCAAAUAUAUACUGUAUAAACAACGUGCUACUCUUUAGGCAUGCAUAUUAUUAUCAAGCCUAUAUAUCUCACUGGCAACGUCUAAACUUGCUCUGACAGGAAUCAAACCGCAUAAUACUCCUGAUUAUAAACUAUUUCAUGAAUUAAUAUUGAAUAUAUACCAACCUGGCAUUGAUGUUUUUAGAUGCUUUAAAGUCAUUGACAAACUUUUCUCCAAAGUGGUAGACAUAUUCUUGAUUGGAGUUUUUCCAAAGUUUUGUCAGAUGUGAAGUUGCCCAACCAUUUAUACUGACCAUGCUUGAUGUCGAUCAAAUUUCCUGAUCUGUGAAUCUGGCAAUUUUCGUUAAAAACCCAUAUGUCACCAUCUUGCCUGUCAUGAUGAUUAAUCUUUAGGUUCUCAGAAGCAUCAGGGUUGUUCUUCUGAUACUCAUUGACCAGACUCAUUAUGCAUCUAUGCUGUGCUGAGUGGUUAUAUUACUACCUUAAUAAUAUAAUAAUAAUAUAUCUAUGCUGCGCUGAGUGGUUAUAUUACUACCUUAUUUUUUAAGGUAGUAAUAUAACCACUCAGCACAGCACUUUUACAUUGGUACUACCUACACUGGUACAGACAGUUUUAGUCAUUAUGUAUCUGUUGAGAUCCUGAUCUGUUAACUGGCAGAACAAGCCGCUUCGUUUCUUCCCUGCUUUUAAUGAUUUCAGGAACCUUGUUGUCUUUGUGCAGUCCUCCACUGUAAAAAAGUGAAUAUUUAAAUAAAAUUCGAUUGAAAAGUAUUGAUUAUUUUAUAUUACAAAUUUCCUUGUAAUGUAGGAAAAAGAUGUCUUUAUGUUUCUGUGUUCAUGUAAAAAUUACUACAAAUCUCUUACUGAUAAGUGCCGAGGUAUUGUAGAAGUGGUUUUGGGGAACGAGGGGUUAUAAAUGAUAUAGUUUAAGAAAAUUGUUAAUGCAGUGAUUAUUAUAGAAGGAAGGUUUUUAAAUGGACGUUUUUAUACCACUGGUCCUUAGUACAGAUCUGUGUUUUAUUCUGUGUGAACCCAAUUUAGUAAUAAUUUGGUUCCGAUAGGAAAUGUUGGGAAAAUUUUGUUUUAGGAAAAGGAAAAAUUAGUAAUUAUUUUGUUUGGUAUUCUUGGAAAUCUUUUCUUCUUAUUUAUGUUAGUUUAUUGAGGGGUUUGUUUUUAAGCUGAGGGGUUUGUUUUAAAGGUGACAUGCACAGACUGACAGACACAAUUUUUCAACAUUGUUUUUUAUUCAAAGUUUCGAAGAACUUAAUGAUAUAUCCAGAAUUAUAUAGAUCAGAAUUAUAUAGUAUUGUGCAUGCGCAUAGUUGUCAACUUAAUUAGGCCUUCGGUAUGCAUGAAUGACUUCUAUGUAUAAAUUGUUGUUAGUUAAAAAUACAAGCUUCUAUAAACACAAUCUGUGUGUAUGCUAUGUUUUGAGGUCGUAACAUUGGCAACAAAGAUGAAAAAGUCAAGCCAAAUGGUAAAGCAAGUGAACUUUCAUAUUGUAUAGCAAAAUCGUUGGGUAAAACAGCAGAUAAAACGACAAACAAGUACCAUGUCUGUCGAAGAAAGGGGAAGCAAUAGCAAAUGCUGAGCAAGCGACCAUACGAGUAAUUACCGAAACUAGAAACUUAGGAACUAAGCCAUUUACACCAGAAGACGACCAGAUCACAACAGGCAAAGCAUGGGACAACUGGUUAGAGGGAAUCGAGCGAGAAUUUUCGAUAUUUCAAAAUCACCGACCCGACAGACAAGAAAGAUGCCUUAAUUAUUUAUGGUAGCAAAGAAAUAGCUAGACUGGAGGAAAAGCCUACCAAAUCCUGCAACACAACUAGAUGAAUACGAGAAAUUAAAAAUGAAACUGAACAGUUAUUUCUCACCAUAAAAGAAUAAACAUCAUGCCAGAUAUUUAUUUUUAAAGCUUCGACUGAACCACAGAGAAACAAUAGCAGCAUACGCAAGUCAACUGUGAGAAAAAGCCAACGACUGCGAAUUCGAAGGCAACAUGGACAAACAAAUAUUGGAACAUUUGAUCCAGACAUGUCAAAAUCGAGCGUUGAUUCAAAAAGCCAUCAAUAAGAAGUGGAAUCUGUCACAAUUUUUGGCUGAAGCUGUUCAGAUGGAAGACACAUCGCUGCAGAUACAAGAUAUGAAAUCCACCGAAGAAGUGAAAUUUGUCAACUGGGAUCGCCAACAAAAGAAAACCACCAUUUUCCACGAAACCCAUACAGCGUCAGCAGCAACCAUGUAACUACUGUGGACACAUCGGGAGUCCAUCAUGUGGGAAAAGAUUGUCGAGCUUUUGGAAAGAAAUGCAAGAAAUGCCAAAAAUAUAACCACUUUGCAGCCGUUUGUCGAUCAAGUAAAUCUGAUACAUGAAAAGGCAAUGGGAAAAGACAAGAUCGACAACAAGAACACCGGCAACAAAAAUCUCUAGGAAGCUAUACUAAACGGAAGUGGCAAAAGUUAAGAAAACAUCUGCAGAACCGACGGACAGCUCGACAAGUUCGGAUUAUGAAUUUUUCGGUCACGUUGUGAGAUAUUUGAAACAAAUCAAGUCCAGAGUGAUAAUCAUACUAGAAUGGUCACAAUAAAGAUAGAAGAUAUUGAUGUUAAAGUGGAACCAGACAGUGGCACAGAAUAGAUGAACAUCAAUUUAAUGCUCUAGAGAACAGGUGCCAACUCAAACUAACACUAGAACCCAGUCGAAUGAAAUUAUCUAGCCUACAAAGCAAGCUCACAAUGAAAGGCAAGUUCAAAGCAACGAUUAGGAACAAAACAUGUGGAAAGACAGUGAGAUUCGUCGUUGUCACAGGUCGUAUCAACUCUCGUCCACUCAUUGGCAAGAAAACAUUGACCAAACUGGGAAGAGCGAGAAGAACGACUUGGGAAUUCCAAAUGCAAUUCCAGAAAUUAAAACAGCGAAAGAAAAGAAGAAUCAGAAUCCCAAUAUCAAGGAAAUCACUAACCGCUACGAACAAGUAUUCACAUGCAUCGGGCAAAUUAGAGAUUUCUACACCAAGUUUACCAUGAAACCAGAUGCAGUGCCAGUAGCCCAAAAGCCAAGACCGGUAGCCUAUUACCUACAGAAACCACUGAAGAGCUGGUUAGAUCAAUGCAUCCAAGAGGACAUAUUUGAAGAAGUACCAGAAGGAGAAUCAGUGAUGUGAUGUUCUCCACUAGUUGUCCAACCAAAGCCAAG